GCCAACUGGUCGCCCAAGUUUAGAAGAACAACAGCCAGGUUUAUUAGAAGCUAUUGUUCAAAUUGUUUUUCCGGAUAGGCAGGCUGAUGAAAGAUGGCAUUUAGAAAUCGUACGGUCUGUUAAGACUUUAGAUCAGCUCCAAGAAGCAUUAACACAUAUGAACUAUAACUUGUCACAUUCUGCAGCGUAUCUUAGGCUCAUUCCAAAAUGGUAUAGUACUGAAAAGGAAAGCAACAUGUUAAAGCCAGUAAAGCUUCUAAGGUCGCAAAACAUAGCAAGAAGAAGUCAUGAAGAUACUCAUUUCUGCACUGCUUUGAUAAGAAAUAUAAAAGAAAUGUUAUCGUUAUUGGGUCCCAAGACACCGAUUCUUAUGAGGCUGGAAUACCAAGUAGAACUGCCAGAUCACGAUUGGGUUGUUACUGAAAGACAUAAACUGAUUCCUUCAGGGCAAGCUAAAGCAGUAACAUAUUCAGGUUCAAUAUUUAUAAGGAUCCGUAGUGGUAAACAUGAUAGCAGUACCGCUUAUUCUCACGGUAAAGAUUUUGAUGACUUGAUAAAUGAGGAGAAAUUGCAUAACUACACUACAACAAAUGAACAGCCUAAACCUGUAGUAGUGCUGAUAAGUGACAGUGGUUCUGACGAGAACCCUAGAUAUAGAAAAACAAUUCAAAUGAUGAUCAAAUAUUUUGAUAAAUAUAAUCUUAAUACUAUAAUUGUGAAAGAUACAAUUAUAGAUAAUUACCCAGUUCUUGUUAAGUAUAUAGAUCCUCCUAAUGAACAUUAUAGCCCAAGUGAAAAGUCAGCAACUUGGAUUGAGAAACAUGUAAUGACUUGUCAUUAUGUUACCCAAGUCGUGAAGUAUGAUGAUCCAAGUUGCUUUCAGCAAACACCCUAUAAUAUUUGCGCAGCAAAGAUAAAUGAAUUUGACAAUACAACCCACUUUAGCUCUUUUCUUUUAUCUGUAUUAAUGGAAAGAAAACUAACUUCUCCAGAUAUGAAUCUACGAUACCUUUCUUUUGAUUGGUAUUGCCCAACUGUCAAUAAAUCGAUCAAUGAAUAUAUUUGUUUUUACUGUAAUCGGUACUUUGCUUUAAAAAGAACUUUAAAAAACCAUACUAGAAAAUAUUCGCAUAAGGAAUCUAAUUUAUUUAUAGAGGCUGCUUUGGAUACUCAAGAAUUCCCAGUGGUGUAUGUUCACAACUAUCAUCAUGGUGAAUUCUUGGUCAGUAACAAAAGUAGUGAGACUAUGUGGGUGGAAGAAGAGGCGGUACCAGAAGAUGUGUUAGAAACCUAUAAUCAGCAAGUACAAGUUCAAGAAGAAUUGGUUGCAGAUAAAGUGUUAAUAGUUAACUAG